AUGAGCCUUGGAGGUACAUACCUCAAAGGCCUGAAAGACACCGGUUGGCAGUUUGGGUCUCGUUUAACGACGGAGCACGUUUGGGAUGCCUUUGUUAUCCUGUGCUUGAUCGAAAACAAACAACGUGAAAACCAGUGCCUUCAGGUCCCACACACGGGUGCGCAAAAGGAUAGAUUUCGAGACGCGAUGGCAGAGAGGAACCAAGACUUUGUAUUAAAUGGCCAACCAGGUGUCGUAGACCAUGCAUGCGACAAGUGUUAUCGAACCUACAUGACGGCCAGCGGCGAAAUUCGACACUGCCAUCCUAUCGUGGGAGACGGGCUGAGCAUAGGUCGGCCCUGUUGCGCAGUCUUCGCUUGUCGCGAGCCGCUUCAAAAUAAUCGACAUCGAUACUGUAAAACUCACUUCAGCCAACAUGACGUUUGCGCAGUCAUGCUAUGCGAGGAGCCCAUCAGUGGAGCUGAUUCGAAGACAUGCUCUGACCCAGAACACAAGGAAUUUGAGCGCAAGAACAAGGAGAAGGGCGCCUCAAACUUUAUUCUUAAAGAGCGCUUCCGACACACUCAAGCAUCCCAGCCAGUCGACACACUUGCCACCCAGCAAAUAGACCAUGUUGACGAUGUGGAAGAAACAACUAUUGAGUGGUUCGAGGUGGACGACAAUAGCAACACCAUCCGCCUUAAAAGUCGAGCAAACCCAGGAACGGUGGGCACAGAGGCCGAUACUGCUUUACCCCCUCUGGAUCCGUGUCCUUCCAAAUCAGCUGCGGGCAAUCGCGUCGCAAAGGCCCAGUUCUCGAGAAAGAGAACACACAAUGAACAAACUCUUGUUCGGCCAUGUGGGAUUAUUUACGCGCGUGCUACCAUGUUUGGAGCGGAAGCAGUCUCCAACUUUCUAGUCAUGGUGCAGAAUGCCUUUUCAAUUCCGGGAGCAAAGAAACCCGAACAUAUAUUCUACGAUACCAACUGUCUUGCACGUCAACAAGCAGAGAAAAGCUUUCCUUGGUUCAAAGGAAUUGGCAUGUGUGUCGACGUUUGGCAUUUCCUCAACAAGCACCAAACAACACACCAAUAUUGUCAGGAAAACUGCAAUCCUAUUCAGUUUCCGGAGCUUCUCGACGAGUUUGGCAAGUGGUUUUUUAAUACAUCUGUUGCCGAGCAGAUUAACGCCUGGCUGCAAGGGUAUCACUCCAUUGUCCGGGAGAUGUUACCAGACAAGUUUGACUUUUUUCUCGACGAGAUGAUCAUGAGACGGAAUGUCGAGCAUUUGAAGAAGUUGGCAGAGCAAGGACAUAACCCCCGCUCCUUAGAUCACUAG